UAAGAAACCUUUAUCGUCCGUCUCUUAUUAUCUCUUCGGUUCACAAGAGGCGGAAGAACGGAGAUGGCCACCAUCACACCACUCGCUCUCCGCUCUCCGGUUCUGCUACCUCCUUCAUCUGCUUCAAACCCUACCAAAUUCCAUGGCUUCACUAAACGACCACCACCAUCCCGUCUCUUCUUCCCCCUUAAACCCUUCCCAUCUCUCUCCAUCCAAAACCCUAAAAAAUCCAUCCGAAUCGCCGCAUCCGUUUCCCCGAUAACACCAAUCUUCCCGGCUACGAAACCAACGAAUCGUUCACCCACACUAACCGGAUCAACCCAGCCAUCGACACUAACCGGGUCAACCCGGUCUCUCGCUACUCUCGCGGCUUUGACAAUCGCUGUAACCAAAGUCUUAGCUCAGAGACUCGCUCCUGUACUCACAGCAGGAUUACGAUUCUCACUCAGUACCGCCGGACCAGUCUUCUUCGCGUCGCUUAGAGAUCGUCCUCCGGGGUAUUUGAACACUCCGCUUACGGUGGUUGCGGUGGGGAUAAAGAAGUGGUUAGAUAUUUACAGUGGGGUUUUGAUGGUUAGGGUUUUGCUCAGUUGGUUUCCUAAUAUCCCGUGGGAAAGACAGCCUUUGUCUGCUAUUAGAGAUCUCUGUGAUCCUUACUUGAAUCUGUUUAGGAACAUUAUUCCUCCUAUCUUCGAUACGCUUGAUGUUAGUCCUUUGCUUGCUUUCUCUGUUCUCGGUAUACUUGGAUCGAUUGUUCAUGGCAGCACUUGAAUAAGAGAGAAAUUGGAAUUGAAAAAGAAAUCGAAGAUCAGUAGCAGAUUGGAGGAGCUAAUGCUUUUGGUUUUUGAAACAUUGAUUACUAGGAAAUAUCAACAGUGAGAGUUAUGAGCUUUGUCGUUUUUUUUUUUUUGUUUUGCUGUUUCGAAUUUGAUUUUGAAUAAUGAGAUUUUGGGUUUUGUGGAGUUAUAAUUGUUGAUGGGUUCGUUCUCUUGCA